GCGAUAAGCUUACCAACCGCGUUACACAGCAUAACAACUCACAAUCGAUUGGUCAACAAAUCUGAAUGGGCGGGAGCGUUAAACUUUUCAUCGAAACUGCGAAGCAAUUGCUAUCUCGUAAUUUCAGAGUAUUUCAUCCUAUCCACAGAGUACGCAAAACAAAUUGACUAAAAUGGCGGCAGCAACAGCAACGCGUUUUUGUCAGCAACUCUCGUCUGUUAGUGACAUGUCGCCGGACUGGACCACGAAGGAAGUCAGCACCGGGACCACGAUCAUGGCGGUGGAAUAUGAGGGAGGUGUGGUGAUUGGGGCAGAUUCCCGUACCACUACUGGGGCUUACAUUGCUAACCGGGUGACAGACAAACUGACUCCCAUUCAUGACCGAAUAUUCUGCUGUCGUUCUGGCUCUGCUGCAGACACCCAGGCCAUCGCAGACAUAGUUACCUACCAACUGGGCUUUCACAGUAUUGAACUUGAUGAAGCCCCACUGGUCCAGACAGCCGCCAAUCUGUUCAAGGCAAGCUGCUAUAGGUACAGAGAGGAGCUGAUGGCAGGGAUUAUAGUGGCAGGCUGGGACAAGCGACGAGGAGGACAGGUCUACACGGUUCCUGUUGGAGGGAUGUUGGUUAGACAGCCUGUGUCAGUUGGUGGUUCAGGAUCCACCUAUAUCUAUGGCUUCAUGGAUUCCAACUACAAACCCAACAUGACCAAGGAACAGUGUCUCCAUCUAGUGUCUGGAGCUCUGUCUCUGGCCAUGGAGAGGGAUGGGUCCAGUGGGGGGGUGAUCCGGUUGGCUGCCAUCUCAGAAAGCGGAGUGGAGAGACAAGUCAUCCUGGGCAACCAGCUACCCAAAUGGUCUACUGCCUAGAGAGAAAGACAACCAUAGAAUACACACCACCAUAGAAUACACACAUCACGUUCCUGUCUGUAAAAUCCAGGCUCUGAACAGUAUUUGUUUGUAAAACAGUGCUUCAGAUUUGUAAUAAAUAUACAAAUGAGUUGUUUUUGAA